GCUGUUGACUUGCAUUCGAUUUCGGAUUUCCUGGACAGAUGCGCUCGCGGAAAACAUCACUUGCACUACGAUCACCCUCACUAUCUGUCCGUUAAGCAGCCUGGAGUUAACACAACUUUAAACAGCCAAGUGAUCUCGCCUGGGAAAAGAGUAAACUAGAGUUAUUUGUGUGUUCUUCCUGUAUACGUGUUGGUGUUGAAUAUGUCUGCGGCCGCUGGCGCUGCUCUGUCUCCCGGUUCGGCCCUCUCCGCCGGUCCUGCUGCGAGUCCCGGCUACGGCAUGUCCAUGUUCCGAUGGCUGGAAGUGCUGGAGAAAGAGUUUGAUAAGGCGUUUGUGGAUGUGGAUCUGUUGCUGGGAGAAAUCGACCCGGAUCAGGCUGACAUCACGUACGAGGGCCGUCAGAAGAUGACCAGUCUCAGUUCAUGUUUUGCUCAGCUGUGUCAUAAAGCCCAAACCAUCUUUCAGCUGAACCACAAACUAGAGGCUCAGCUGGUAGACCUGCGCUCAGAGCUGACGGAUGUUCAGGCAGAGAAGGCCGUGGUGGAGAAGGAGGUUCAUGAACAGCUUCUGCAACUCCACGCCAUGCAGCUUAAACUCCAAGCCAAAUCUGGCCAGAUGGUGGACUCUGACUCCAUCAAGGACAGGAUGCCUGUGCCCUCAGUGGAGGAGAUGGAGAAGGAACUGGAGGCAAGUAAGAAAGAAAAGGUGAAAGAGGUCAAGUUGGAGGCAGAGGUCAAGAUGCUCAAGAAAGAAAACGAGGCCCUCCGCAGGCAUAUUGCGGUACUACAGGCAGAAGUGUAUGGAGCCAGACUGGCAGCCAAGUACCUGGACAAGGAGCUGGCUGGGAGAGUGCAGCAGAUCCAGUUGCUGGGGAGAGACAUGAAAGGACCAGCUCAUGACAAACUGUGGAAUCAACUUGAAGCUGAAAUUCACCUGCACCGCCAUAAAACAGUCAUCCGAGCCUGCAGGGGGCGCAAUGAUCCCAAGAAGCCCUUGCCAUCACCAGUAGGGCAUGAAACAGAUUCUUUGAAAAAGACCCAGGGAGUCGGCCCUAUACGCAAAGUGGUUCUGACUAAAGAAGACCAUGAGGGACUUGGCAUCUCCAUCACUGGCGGUAAAGAGCACGGAGUUCCCAUCCUCAUCUCCGAGAUCCAUCCCACCCAGCCUGCAGAGCGCUGUGGAGGCCUACAUGUGGGAGAUGCCAUCUUAGCUGUCAACAACAUCAACCUGAGAGAUGCAAAGCACAAAGAGGCUGUCACCAUUCUCUCACAGCAGAGGGGGGAAAUCGAGUUUGAAGUGGUUUAUGUGGCUCCAGAGGUGGAUUCUGAUGACGAGAACGUUGAAUAUGAGGAUGAUAGUGGCCAUCGUUAUCGCCUGUACCUGGACGAACUAGAGGAGGGAUCAGAAGCCAAUCACAACAAUGGCACUGCUGACCCCACCUCCCUAUUAGCUGUGGGGAAGCACUUAGCAAGUAACAGAACAGAGAACGGAGAUUCAGCCUUGUCCAGUGAGAGCCCGUCGGAGGACAAGACCUCCAAGACAGCAGAGUCUAUAGAGAGUUCCUCUUAGACCUCCAGACAAAAGAAAAAAAUCCUGGAGAUGGAAGAAGAGCAUCAGAUGUGAAGAUGGAGAGCAGAAAGAGAUUAAAACUGCACAUGUAUAUAUAAUAUGUAACAUAAGAAAUUCUUCUUGUUUUAUGGCGCAUGAGGAACAGACUGCGUUGACGUCCACUGGAGAUGGACUAAACCAAUGAGAAACACUGAGAGGACACAUUUUUACUCCGCGGCUACAAAGGACUGUCUGAAAAUUCACUUCAUAUCAGUUUAGUUGCAACAAAACAAUUGAGAGAGAAAAAUGCAGCGCUAAGUAAGAUGAGAAAUGUGAUGGGUUUAAAAAGAAUUAGAUGGUACAAGCGUUUUGAUUCUCAUUUCCUCUUGUGUAAUCUUUCUGUGCAUUUAAAGGGAUAGUUCACCCCUCUUGUUGUUCCAAAACGUGUAUGACAGUCUUUUGUUCAUAGAAGAAAGUCAUACAAGUUUGGAACAAUAUGAUGGGCAGUAAAUGACAGAAUUGUAAUUUUUGUGUGAACUGUUUUUUUAUGGUUUCUGUAGGUCAGCUGAAUUUAAACUGAUAUGUAGGUUUCCUAUUUAAAUGAUUCAUAUUUCUCACGUGCUUCUAAAGUAGAUGGAUAAAGCAAUGAGUAACUGUUUACUCAAUGUGUAUAAAACAUCAAUAGUUUUUAACCUUUCAGUUUUAGCCUAAUGUGAGUCAAAUCUAAGAUGUUAACGCUGCUGACCCAUCCUCUAUAGCAUAGGUAAACAGGAUGAUGCUACUUCCUGUUUCGCAGAGGGGUCAGUCUUACGGUCCUCUUCCUUUUUAUUCUCUGCAUUCGUCACUUAUUAAUCCAAGAACAAAAAUUUGCAGUUUUCCAGUUGCCAUAAUGUUGAUUGAAGAGAUUAAUUAUCUAGGGAGAAUUUUUAAGAGUUAAAGGGAUAGUUCACACAAAAAUGAAAAUCCUCUCAUCAUUUACUCACCCUCAUGUCAUCCCUGAUUUGUACGACUUUCUCUCUUCUGCAGGACACAAUAGUUUUUUUUAUUUUUUAUAAGAAUAUCUCAGCUGUGUAGGUCCUCACAAUACAAGUGAAUGGGGUCCAAAACUUUGAAGCUGCAAAAAGCAAUCAAAGUAAUCCAUAAAACUCCAGUGGUUUAAUCCAUGUCUUCAGAAGUGUUUUUGGGAGAGAACAGUCAGUAAUGUAUCUCAAUUUUCACUAUAAGUCUUGACAACAGUCUCUUUUGCAUUUUUGGGUGAACUAUUCCUUUUAAGAGUGAAUUUCAAGCAGCAUUGUCCAGGUCAUAUUACACUCCAAAAUAAAAAGAAAUAAAUAAGAAAUUAUAUUUUGCGUAAUGAAAACGGAAGCCUGUUUAAGGAAAAGCAUCCUGUCCAGACACAUUGAUUUCUUUUACAUCUGUAUAAAUUAAAUCCAGUAAAAAACAAAAUGCAACCAUGAUGUAUGCUUAAAUAAUAGAUUUUGUGUGUGUGUGUGGCGGGGGGGUUGGUGUGGGGUAAUGCAUGCUUAAAGGAAUUUUAUGGAUUCAAUACAAUUUAAGAUCAAUUGACAGCAUUUGUAGCUGUCAUAAUGUUGAUUACCACUAAAACAUAUUUUCAACUCAUCUAUUAUUUAUUACAAAUAAAAAGCAAAAUUGCUGUUACAGAUAGGCAACUACAAUGUAAUGGUUUGGGGGCAGGCCAUAAACAUUCAAAUAUACACUUUCAAAAGUACAGCCACAACAUUAUUUGUGUUGACAUGAUUUUAGAGUGAUAAACUGGCUUAACCUUAUCAGUGUAAAGUUAUUUCCAUAUAACUGUGGCCAUGUCAAGGCAAAGCUGUAAACCCUGUAAAUGAUUUUAUCACAUAAAUGGGUAUAAUGUUUACAUAUUUUGGCUAUACUUUUGAAGUGGUGUAUAUUUUAAUGUUUAUGGACUGACAGUAAGGCACUGUAAAAUCAUUGAUUUUCCGGAACAUUCCUUUAAUUGUCAUAAAAUAAUGUCACAAUGCAAAAAAUCUUAAUGGUUACAAAAUUAGACUCUGAUAUUUGAAAUAUAAUUUCCUAUUUUAUUCUGAGGUGAAAUAUGACGAAUAUUUCUUCCACCAUUCCAUAUCUUCAGAGGAGUAUUUUGAACUUCUUUGCCAUAUACUGUAGGCCUAAUAGUGCCAUAGGUCCUACUGUAUUAAGUGUGUUUGAAAGAGAUUACUGAUAUUGGUUAAGGGUAAGUGUACUUGUAUUAUUAGAUGGCAACGUAGCAUAGUUUAUUUAAAUGUAUUUAAUCAAGCCAGUUUACUCUAUAUUUUGUGAAGAAAAACUAUAGAAGGGUACAAACAUUUUGAUAUGAGCUUUAGAGGAGUUGAAAUAACAAUCUUCCCAUUUGGCUAUCUUGGUUCUGGUGCCUAAAAUCUGUGAAUUGUAAUUACUGUAUAGCUCGCUAAAAGAGAAUUCCAUAAUCAUCAGUGUUGCUUUUCUGCCAUUGAGUUAUUUAACAUCACUUCAUUCUCAAACUGUGGAAUAUCUAUUUCUCAAUAGCAUCUUUGACUGAAUCUCAAGACCUUCUCUGUUGUCCAAAAGGUGUUUAUUAUAAGACAACAGACCAAAUGCACAAAUCUGACUGUCUGUACACUGAUUACUAUAUAUAAAUUAAAUAAAUGGGCUGUAUAGCAACAUACAUCUUCCCUAAACAUGCUAAAGUGUAGCCUAAUUGCUAUAUAUAAUAUAAAAUGAUCUACAAUCACACUGUUUGUCUGUUAUUUGUCACCUCACUGUUGUUUACAUAUGUGUUUUAGAUGUUAGGCUGAUGAGGGAAGUCAGGACAAUCAGCUCAUUUAGCCAUACAGUCUUAUCAGUAUGUGGGCUGGUUCAAUGGACUAUUGUUGUUAAUUGUAUUUCCUUGUUACUGAUUAGUUCAUCUGGGUGGUUAUUAGUCAGGUGUGAUGUGUGCCUGCAGGGCACCAGUUGCUUCCCACACUGCCAGUGCAUGGCACAGCACAAACGCAACUUGGAUCUGGAUGUCAAAGAUUUCCCACUUUUCACCUGUUUUCCCAAAAUGUUUCUCAAUUGUGAUUAAAACAACAACAAUAUAUUUUUAAACCACUUAUUAUUAUUUUUUUAAGUGUCUGAAGAAAUGUGUUUCUGAAACAUAUAUUUGGAAAUGUUCCAAAUGUAGUUAAUGUAUGACAUGAAAUAUUUCAAUAAACGUAAAUUUACU